UAUAAGAUGACGAUGAAAAGAAAUUUUCUGAGAGUAGACUACCUAUUCACUGACGCUACAGAUACAGAUAUCUUAGCUAAGCGAUGAAAAAAAUUAUUGUGCUGUUGGCAGUCGUCGCCUGCUCCUACAGUUCCGGUUGGGACUUUGGAAAUCAUGAUGGUGGCGGGCUUACUCUGGGAGAAAUUUCUGUAGACCAUCAUGACUUAGGAGCUUUUAAUCUAGGAGGUACAGAAAGUCAUUCCUUAGAUACCUUGGAUGAUCAUUCGUCAAUUUUAAAUAAAAUUAAUGGUUGGCACUCGGGUGGCAGUUUACAUGGAGCCCAUGUAAUUCCUGUUGUUAAGCAUAUUGGAGUACCAACGAUCAAAAAAGUCCCGAUCAGCGUACCACAUCCGGUGGUGGAAACAGUCCCGCAGCCUUACCCCGUUCAUGAGAUAGUAUCGAAACCUGUACCAUUCCAGGUGGAGAAGCAGGUAAUUAAGACCGUCGAGAAAAAGGUUCCAACGCCCGUCGAGAAAAUUAUUCCAGUUAAGGUAGAGAAGCCUGUGCCGUUUCAUGUGGUAAAACACGUGCCCGUACCAGUCGAAAAGCCAAUUCCGAUCAAGAUUCCGAUCUACAAAACCAUCGUGCAUAAAAUCAAGGGUUAAUUGUUACGAUCUCUCUUUGUUAUUAAUAUAUCAUUUUAUAUAUCUGUUCCACAUAUCCAAUGCAAGAUGCAUAGAUGAUACAAGAAGACAAAAUAUUUUAUUAUAAUAUUAUAGAGCAACUAUUUAUUAAAAUGUUCUCAGUAAUGAAAUGGAAUA